AUCCGUGGAUAGUUACUCAGUCCACCGCGUAUUGACUCGAUCACUCCACUUGUACAAAUCCCCCGAUUUCGGCGUUCCCUUGUCCAAAUUUCUGUGUUUCAGAUUCAGAGCAGCUGAGAUCGAAUCGCGGUUUGAUUUUUGAAGGAAUUUUUGUUGUUGCACAACUCUGUGGAAUUCGAUGGCGCAGAUCUUGCUCCACGGCACUCUUCACGUGACGAUCUAUGAAGUGGACAGAUUGGAAGUCGGUCGGAGCGGGAACAUCUUCGGCAAGUUUAUGGAGAACAUUGAGGAGAAAGUCGGUCUCGGAAAAGGAACUCCGAAAAUGUAUGCGACUGUUGAUUUGGGGAAAGCGAGAGUUGGGAGGACGAGAAUACUCGACAACGAACCUGAAAAUCCAAGAUGGUUCGAGUCUUUCCACAUUUACUGCGCGCACUUGGCGUCGGAUGUCAUAUUCACUGUUAAGGAUGACAAUCCUAUCGGCGCAACAUUGAUAGGAAGAGCAUACGUCCCCGUUUCCGAACUCCUGGACGGGGAAGAAAUCGACAGGUGGGUCGAAAUUCUUGAUAAAAAUAAGAACCCGAUCGAGGUGGGGUCCAAGAUCCAUGUGAAGCUUCAGUUUUUCGACGUCUCUCAAGAUCGUAAUUGGGCUCGUGGAAUUAAAAGUGCUCGGUACCCUGGGGUCCCCUACACGUUCUUUUCUCAGAGAACGGGGUGUCGGGUUUCGCUCUAUCAGGACGCUCACGUGCCGGACAAUUUUAUUCCGAAGAUUCCCCUAUCCGGAGGAGAAUACUACGAGCCCCAUCGAUGUUGGGAAGACGUUUUCGAUGCGAUCACGAACGCGAAGCACUUAAUAUAUAUCACCGGUUGGUCCGUUUAUACCGAAAUUGCUUUGAUACGAGACUCCCGGAGACAGAAGCCGGGCGGCGACAUUAUGCUCGGGGAGCUACUUAAGAAGAAAGCGAGCGAAGGCGUUACGGUUCUUAUGCUCGUUUGGGACGAUCGAACUUCGGUGGGUCUUCUUAAGAAAGACGGUUUGAUGGCGACACACGACGAGGAGACAGGAAACUAUUUCCAAGAUACCGACGUGCACUGCGUGUUGUGUCCGCGUAAUCCCGACGACGGCGGAAGCUUCGUGCAAGACUUGCAAAUCUCGACGAUGUUCACUCACCAUCAGAAGAUCAUCGUCGUCGACAGCGAGCUUCCGAACGGAGACUCCGAUCGGAGGAGAAUCGUGAGCUUCGUCGGAGGCAUCGAUCUUUGUGACGGGCGAUACGAUACCCCUUUCCAUUCCCUUUUCCGGACUUUGGACACUGCUCAUCACGACGAUUUCCAUCAGCCGAAUUUCACCGGAGCUGCGAUCACGAAAGGCGGGCCGAGGGAGCCGUGGCACGACAUCCACUCCCGGCUGGAAGGCCCCAUCGCUUGGGAUGUAUUGUUUAACUUCGAGCAGAGAUGGAGGAAGCAAGGCGGGAAAGAUGUUCUUCUCAAUUUACGGGAUCUUUCCGAUAUCAUCAUCCCCCCGUCUCCGGCGACGUUCCCGGACGACAACGAGACAUGGCAUGUUCAGUUAUUCCGAUCUAUCGACGGCGGAGCUGCGUUCGGGUUCCCGGAGGCGCCGGAAGAGGCUGCCCGGGCCGGGCUUAUCAGCGGGAAGGAUAAUAUAAUCGAUCGGAGCAUUCAGGAUGCAUAUAUCCACGCUAUCCGCCGCGCGAAGAAUUUCAUCUAUAUCGAGAAUCAGUAUUUCCUCGGCGGCUGUUUUAGCUGGGAUUGCAACGACAUUAAAGUCGAGGACAUCGGGGCUCUACAUCUCAUUCCGAAGGAACUUUCUUUGAAGAUCGUGAGCAAGAUCGAGGCCGGGGAACGGUUCACCGUCUACAUUGUCGUCCCUAUGUGGCCGGAAGGGAUUCCGGAGAGCGCGUCGGUUCAGGCGAUAUUAGACUGGCAGAGACGAACGAUGGAGAUGAUGUACAAAGAUAUCAUUCAGGCCCUUAACGCUAAGGGAAUCGAGGAGGACCCAAGAAACUACUUGACGUUCUUCUGCCUCGGAAAUCGGGAGGCAAAGAAGAGCGGAGAGUACGAGCCUGCCGAAACACCCGAGCCUGAUUCCGACUACUUGAAAGCCCAGGAGGCCCGUCGGUUUAUGAUCUACGUUCAUGCCAAGAUGAUGAUCGUCGACGAUGAAUACAUAAUAAUCGGGUCCGCCAACAUCAACCAACGAUCGAUGGACGGUUCGAGGGAUUCGGAGAUUGCGAUGGGUGCUUAUCAGCCGUACCAUUUGGCGAAUCGGCAGCCGGCGAGGGGCCAAAUCCACGGUUUCCGAAUGGCAUUGUGGUACGAGCACCUCGGCAUGCUCGACAACGUGUUCCUCGAGCCGUCGAGCGAGGAAUGCGCGGCGAAGGUGAACGAGAUCGCCAACAAGUACUGGGACCUCUACUCCGCCGACGAACUCGAGCACGACCUCCCUGGGCACUUGCUCCGGUACCCUGUCGGGGUCGCCAGCGACGGGACGAUCACCGAACUCCCGGGAGCGGAGUUCUUCCCGGACACGAAUGCGCGGAUUCUCGGCAUGAAAUCGGACUAUCUCCCGCCGAUUCUGACGACAUAAGAUCUGGGUUUUGGUUCUCUAUCGAUGAAUAAGAAGAUGUUUUGUGCGUACUUUAAUUUAAUUUUGUUGUUAAUUUUGUGUCUAUUAUCGAACUUUGUUUUUGGUUGAAUCGUGUGUCUCUAUCGACUAACGGUUGGGUUGGGUUGGGUUCGCUUUGGCAACUUACGUACGUUGUUUGUUCGAUUUGGUGUAUGUUUGGAAUAUGUCGAUAUGGCAACGUAUUUGUCGACAUUGGAUUGGGAA